UUUUUGUGUUUUUGUAUUUUUUGUGUUUUUGUAUUUUUGUAUUUUUUGUAUUUUUUUAAUUUUUGUAUUUUUCGCAUUUUCCUUUAUGAUUUCAGACAAACCGACAUCAACUCCUCAAUUCUCUGCACUAUUUGUAACAAAAAUUUUAAAAAUCGUGGAUCAGCUUUAUUCCAUGCCAAAAAAUCCCAUUCAAUUAAAAUUUCAAGAAUGCAAAAUUAAACAAAAAAAUUUUUGUUCAGCCAAAUUAUUAAUUCAACAUUUUCAAAAAACUCAUUUUGAGAAGAAUUUAAAAUGUGAAUUUUGUACGGCAAAAUUUUCUUUGGAAAGAGAUUUACGUUAUCAUAAUAAAAAGGUCUGCCCUAAACAAAAAUUAAAAAUAAAUAAUUAUUCAAUAAAUUCUGAAGUCGGAAUUGGUGAAAAUAAAAUUACAAAGAAAGAUACUGGUUCACAAACUGAAAAAUGGCUUGUUCCUACAAAAAUAUUAAUUGCUGGGAAAUUUACAAAAAUACACCCAAGAAGAAAAUUAACAACAACAGAAAAACACAUUUAUACACAAACAGAAAUAUAUCCCACUCAACAACAAUCAGAAUUAAUUACAAAUUAUAAUCAAAAUAAUAAUUUAAUAAUAAAUACACAACAAUAUUUAUCAAAUCAAGAAGAAGAAAAUAAUAAUAAUUUUAAUAAUUCUUUUAAUAAUAAUAAUAUUUGUUAUCAAACAGUAGAAGAAUCUACACAAACUUUUUAUGGUUCUUGUUGUUGUUCUUCUUCAUUUGAUUUAAUUGAUGGAGUUGUUGAUAUGGGGGGAGGGGGAAGUCUAUUGCGCAAUAAUGGCUGGACACAAACACCCCCACUAUUCUCCUAUGAUCCUUAUUUUAGUAAUAAUUUAAUGGAAAUGCAAAGUACAAGUGUACAAACGGAUACAAUAAUACCUUCAAUUUGGAAUUUGUGAAAAAAAUUAAUUUUUUGGGUGUUUUGAAAAGUUGACAUUUUGAAAUUUAAUUUUUUUCCUUCUCAUAUGAUUCUCUUUUAAUUUCUAAAAAAUUGUCAUCCAAAAUACUUUUGCCUUUUUUAAUUGCAAAAAUAAAUUUUUUUUCUGCCAGACACAACACAUUUAUUUAAAGGCUCUUUUAAAGCCUGUUUCUAUUUUAUUUUUAUUUAUUCUUUGGUCUUAUUUUCUUUAUAAACACUCUUAAACACUGCCUAGUUUUGCUAGUUUCAAAAUGUCCAAUGGACAAAAAUGUAACGUCAAAAUGUCCACUAUUAGCCUUUUGGGCGUUUUGUCUUAUGGGGGGUUUUUCUUUUCUUAUGGGCAUUUUGUCUUUUUUCUUCUUAUGGGCAUUUUGUCUUUUUUCCCUCUUAUGGGCGUUUUGUCCUUUUUUCUUCUACUGGGCAUUUUGUCGUUUUUUCUUCUUAUGGGCAUUUUGUCUUUUUGGACAUUUUGACUUCUUACCAUUUUGUCCACUGGGCAUUUUAAUAUUCUAGCGGUGACUAAAAGAACAAAUAAAUACCCUCUAUUUAAAUAUUCUCUGUUUUAAUACUCCUAUUUUUUGUUUUUAAUAUUCACAUGACCCCCCAUACUUGUGUGUUAAGCAGGGGAGAAAGCCCCAUAAAACAGCUGAGAAAAGG